AUGUUACGACAAAUUUCCUCGUCGACUAUUUCCUUAUUGUUACUCGCAACCCUCUCGGGCAGAGGUCUCGCAGAUCAGAUCCUCCAAACGUCAGGGUUCAGUACAUGUUUAUCAGGUUCAAACAUCACGGUCCAGAAUCUCAACAUAGAAUACAACAAUGAUGCAAAAACAGUCACUUUCGAUGUAGCAGGGACUAGUGCUACGACUAUGAACGUCACGGCAACUUUGAAUGUGACGGCCUAUGGAAUAUCUGUUUACUCAAACACCUUCAACCCCUGCGCUGAUUCAACAUAUGUCGAGCAGUUAUGCCCUGUUCCAUCAGGCACGUUUUCCGCCUCCGGUACUCAAUCAAUUCCUUCCUCGUACGCAUCAAUGAUCCCAUCGAUUGCUUUCAGUGUUCCGGACAUUGCCGCACAAGCAACAAUGGAGCUCAAAGCUCUUGAUACAGGAGAGGAUGUAGCUUGUAUAACAUCAAGUGUUAGCAAUGGAAAGACUGUCAGUGUUGCUGCCGUCUCAUAUAUCGCAGCAGGCGUGGCAGGUGCAGCUCUUCUUGUUACAGGAGCAUCCGCACUUGGUGCAGCAGCUAGUGGCGGAAGUACAGCAGGAUCAGGAACGAUGAGCCCAUCAUUCACGGAAGUUUUCACCUGGUUCCAAGGCAUUGCUAUGAAUGGUAUGAUGUCCGUCAACUACCCGACAGUCUACCGAAGCUUCACAAAAAACUUCGGAUUCUCUACCGGCAUUAUUCCUUGGACGGCCAUGCAGACGUCUAUUGAUAACUUCCGAGCCGCGACUGGUGGCAACUUAACGGCGGACAGCGUUCAGUAUCUGCAGAAUGCCACUCUCGUAUUUGGAGACGGAUCUUCAACUACGGUGUCAAGGAGAGCUUACAAUCAGUUCAUGAAUGGAAUGAUGGUAGCUCGGGACUCUAUUUCCACCAGCACAAGCAAUACUACCACUGCGGGUUCAUCGAACUCGACUUCCACAAUUGAGACGACAGUUGCUGGUAUCAAGGCAUAUGUUGAAGAGCUUUCGGUUCCUCAAGCAAACACCUUCAUGACUGUCCUCUUGAUUGUCGCCUGUGUUAUUGCUGCUAUUGCUGUGGGUAUCCUGUUCUUCAAGGUCGUCCUUGAGACCUGGGCUCUUUUCGGAUCUUUCCCCAAGGGUCUGAUUGGUUUCAGAAAGCAUUACUGGGGUACCAUGGCACGAGCUAUUGUCCAAUUAAUUUUGGUACUCUACGGAGUCUGGGUGCUCUACUGUAUCUUUCAAUUCACUCAUGGAGACUCCUGGGCAGCAAAACUUCUCGCCGGUAUCACGCUCGCGCUUUUUACUGCUGUCCUUGCCUUCUUCACGUUCAAGAUUUGGCAAACAGCUAAACGCCUAAAGGCGAUGGAAGGCGAUGCGUCCGGCUUAUACGAGAACAAGGACUUUUGGCUCAAGUAUAGUCUCUUCUACGACUCUUACAAGAAGGACUUUUGGUGGUUGUUCGUACCAGCUAUUAUUUAUAUGUUCGCCAAGGGCUGUGUUUUGGCUGCUGCUGAUGGACAUGGACUUACCCAAACUAUUGCUCAACUUGUCAUUGAGUGUCUUAUGCUGGGACUUCUGAUCUGGAACCGCCCCUACGAGAGACGCUCCGGAAACGUGAUCAAUAUCUUCAUUCAAAUAGUUCGAGCCCUCUCUGUAGUCUGUAUUCUGGUCUUCGUCGAAGAGCUCGGCAUCGCUCAGACAACUCAAACGGUCACUGGUGUGGUCCUCAUUGCCGUACAGUCCGUUUUGACUGGUGUCCUCGCAAUUCUUAUUGCCGUAAACGCCAUCAUCAUGUGCUGCAAAGAGAACCCCCACCGCAAGCGUCGCAAGGAAGCUGAAAAACUCAACCGCGAUCUGGACAAUCUCACCCCGCUCGACGCCCGCAACUCGCUUCUCAUGGACCCCACAAAGCUAAACUCUUCCACAACCUACGACCAUGACCCAAAACACCCACUCACAAAAACGGUAUCCGAGAAUGACAGCUUUCUCAACGAGCCCGCAAACCCAUACUCAAAUGCAACACCCAUGCGACCAUUCACUCCCCAAUCUAGCGUGGCAAGACCAUACACACCAGAAGGGUACAGGAUGGAGAUUCAAAGACCAUUCACGGCGGGUAGUCACAGGACACUGCACUCAAUGGAGAGCCGAGAAAAUCUCGUCCAAGGAGCCGCAUCGUUGGGUGGUGUAGAAGGAAGUCCGCCCAGAGUGCCAAGGGUACCGAACCAAUACGCUGCCGGUGGUGGAGGAUAUAGAGGCGUUGCCUACUAA